UAGACAUGGCUUGGGUAUUGGUAUUGCUCCUUUCGGCACGGUGAAGCCAAUUCAGCUGCAAUCAAAUUAAUCACCCCAGCUGGUUUAUGUGUGGACACCAAAAGAUCAGGCUGAUCACGAUUGGACAUCUUGUGUCCCUUUUUCAUUCUGAAAAUAGCGUUUAAAUACCGCGAUUAACCACUGCUUCAGCUAAAAUUACACCUAAAAAGCAGUCAACUGGCGACGUUUGCGUCGAUUCGUUUCCAACGCUGGCAAAAUGGGCAGCAAGAAGCACAGUCGACGCCAUGUGCGGGGCAUCCCAGGACGGGCACCCGCAGCGCGCGAGCGCCGUCUCAUCCAAUACAAGGAAAGGGAGCUCCGCGCGGCCAUCCUUCACCUGCGUGCACUAGAACGCCACGGCGACGUUGCAAGAGUUGAGGAACGAGACCAAUGUUUCCACGAAGUGCGCCGACUGGCAAUAACACCGAAAGGUCUCGUUUCAGAAGAGUUUCGGAGGGAGGCAUGGCCGUUCCUGCUUGGUGUUGAUCGAUUGACUCAAAAUGGGCUGUCUACCACUGGAAACAGCUCGGCGGAAGCACACCGAGACGCAGCGCAGGUGGAGAAGGAUGUGGAGCGAUCUUUGUGGCAUUAUGACGUGUUGCAGAGGAUCAAAGAGAGCGAUCGUCGCUCUAAACGCCGCGCAUUAACGCAGAUCAUAUUGGGCGUGCUGAACGCCAACGACGAGCUGUUUUACUUCCAAGGCUAUCACGACAUUGUCUCGGUGUUUUUGCUGACACUGGGAAACUCGAAAAACACGAUGCAAGCUGUGCAGAAUGUGAGCGAGACAUACCAGCGCGAACCGAUGCGUUCAGGGUUUGAGCAAGUGAUGGAAACCACUAGGUUGCUGUUCCCGUUGCUGGAUGCUGCUGACGAGCUGCUUUUCCAACAUUUACAUGCAUCGGGGGUGGAACCGUUCUUCGCUUUGCCCUGGAUGAUCACGUGGUUUGCGCACCAAUUAAAACGCUUCGGGGAUGUCGCGCGGCUGUAUGACGUAUUUCUUGUGACUCACCCGCUGUUCAGUCUCUACGUAUCUGCAGGAGUUGUGCUUGAGGCGAGAGAGAAGAUUUUGCGGUGCGAACGCGACUUCGGAACGAUACAUGGAAUGCUGUCAAGCUUACCACUCUCAAUGGAUAUCGAAAAGGUGAUCGCACGUGCUCUUGUGCUGUUCCACCAAUUGCCUCCGGAGCAGCUAAGAAAGCUAAGCGACCUGGAUGCUGGCUCAGUGUACGUUACUCGAUAAGCAUUGAAGUUUUUGAUGCAGGGCAGCAAUUUCGAAGCUUUGACGUUGUUGAUAUACACAGUAGCCGAUGUGCGUACUUCCAGUAUCCUUACGAAUACCAACCGUGGCCCUGCAUAAGUAAACCGAUGCUGAAAGAUGUUCCGCCAUUACCCGCUCGGCUGUCACGGUUAGUAAAGCAGGUUUCAUUUUUUUUUUUAUUGUUCCUAAUCAUUUACUGACGGUUGCUUGGGGCUCGAUGGUAUUGUAUCGUGGAGUAGAGAUGGAGACACGACCAACUACAUUCUGGGUUCCUGGCAGACUUCUAUCAUUAUCACAACAAUGGCGGUUGGUGUCGUAGCAGUGGCAUCCACUUAUGCUUUUCGUGAUCGAAUUGGACAGCACACGUGAAUUGCAGCAAGUAGUUGGCAAGGUAAAGACUUCAGUGAAACGCUUCCCAAGAAAUAGAAUACAUGAUGUUAUUAUUCAGGA